UCGGCCACAUGUACAACAUGCUAUCAUGUGUUAUUUUUUUUGUUUUUUCGUGUAAUAAAUGCUGCUUACUCUGCUCCAAACUCCAAACACUUGCAUAUUCCAACUCAAACACACAAUUUACAGAAUAAUCAAUGGAAACUUCAAACACCAACUCUGUCACUUCUCAAUCUCCAUUUCAAAGGUUAUCAGGAAAAGUGGCCUUGGUAACCGGAGGAGCCAAUGGAAUAGGAGAGAGCAUUGUGCGUUUAUUCCACAAUAAUGGUGCAAAAGUAUGUUUUGUAGAUAUAAAUGAUGAUGAUGGCCAACGCCUCUUUAAUUCCCUUGGUGGUGACUCGAACAUCUGUUUCACCCACUGUGAUGUUAGUAAAGAAGAUGAUGUCCGGCGUGCUGUUGACUUUACAGUUGAAAAGUUUGGCGCUCUUGAUAUUAUGGUGAACAAUGCAGGGAUUUCAGGUCCUCCUAGCAGUGACAUUCGUAAUGUAGACCUAUCUGAUUUUGAGAGGACAUUCGACAUAAAUGUGAAGGGUGUCUUUCUAGGGAUGAAGCAUGCUGCUCGAGUAAUGAUCCCAUCUAAAAAAGGAUCCAUUAUUUCAAUCUCUAGUGUUUCAAGCAUUGUAGCAGGUUGUGGUCCACAUGCUUACACAGGGUCUAAACAUGCUGUUUUGGGACUAACAAAGAGUGUGGCAGCUGAACUAGGACUGCAUGGGAUACGAGUUAACUGUGUUUCUCCCUACGCGAUUCCAACAAACUUGUCCAUGGCUCAUUUGCCUGAGGAUGAGAGGACCGAAGAUGUAUUUGCUGGUGUCCGUGCCUUCAGUGCAAAAAACGCCAAUUUGAAAGGGGUGGAGCUGACAGUUGAUGAUGUUGCUAAUUGCGUGCUUUUUUUGGCAAGUGACGAGGCAAAGUAUAUAAGUGGGGAUAAUCUUGUGGUUGAUGGAGGGUUCACAGUCGUGGAUCACUCCUUUAAAGUUUUCAGAUGAUUUAUUGGAUUAGUAUAUGAAUUGAUGAUUCAAAUCGUGAUUAUGAAAUUAGAGUAAUUGUAUUUUGAGUUUCCAACCUCUGUUUAAAUGCUUUAAUUUAUGUUGAUCAUGAAACAUUGCUUAUAUUGGACUAUUGGAGUGAUGCACAAUUAUAGAGCUUGGUCUUGUAAUUGAUUGUAAUUCAAUUGAAAUUUGAAGUCCAUGUAUCGUUGUUGGGUUUCAGAUACUGGUGCUUCUAAUGAAA